AGCAGUCAUGCGAAGAAAAGUGAUGCUAGAGGAAGUAAUCUCGGUCGUGAAGUUAAGUUUGUUCCCAGUAUGGUCUUGGCCUCAGCCACAAGAUGCGACGCAGUUUAAGUUGUUCUGUGUGAAACUGCAUCACUGUUUAUGCAUAAUUAUAAAGUUGGCCUUCAUAUUAUCGAUGAUAUACACUAUCACAAAUCAUUUUGACGAUCCUGAAAUCUUUGUACAACUAAUUCCUAUAACAAGCGGUCUUAUUCACACCAGUCUUAACUUAAUUUUUUAUACAGUUAAUCACCAUCAUAUACAGAAUGUUACUUUCGAAAUGGUACAUUUUAGCGGCUUGAUGAAACCUCAUGAAGAAAUUGUAGUUCAACGACACAUUGACAAAUGUGUGGUGUACCAUGGUGGAACUAUAUUUAUUUACUACAUGGCUACGUUCUUAACGAUCACAUUACCUUUUGUAACGCAACAGUCAUUUCCAACAUUAACCGAAUAUCCAUUUGAUGUGUCUCAUCAACCACUAAAAACAAUAAUUUAUAUACACCAAUCUGCAGCCGGAAUAUUAGUAGCAGCACAAUUAUGUAUUAAUCCUUUCAUGGCUCUACUGCUCUGGUUUGCAACGGCAAGAUUUGAGAUAUUAACUGAAGAACUGGGAAAAAUUACAAAUGCCUAUCAGUUGUUCAAGUGCAUUAAAGAACAUCAGGAAUUACUCAAAUACACUGAAGAAGUUGCAAUUGCUGCUCGUCCUUUCGCAUUAACCACUGUAUAUUGUAGCACGGUUAGCAUGAUAUGCUUCUUUCUUUUGUUUAUCACA